GACAAGACAAAUGACACUGCUGUUAUUUUGACGACUCCAAGGUACGACACAUCCGUCUAGAUGACAGCUGACGUAGCAAGAAUAACAAAAUGAAAAAUGGCCCAGACUUCCUUCUCUAAAACCCCAAUUCCCCUGCUCAAAAUUGAUCAGACAAAUCCCUAAAUUCUAAUACCUGAAUUGAAAGUGAAACUCUUCAUUGGCUUCUGGUUUUGAUCCCACGUCAACUGUCUGCUAAAAUGCCUCAUACGGCUAUCGAAGCCCAAGCUGAAGAUGGUGGGUCUGCUUCAAAGCCGCAGCGCAUCAUCAAACUUGGCAAAACCUCUGAUGAUAUCGACAAAAAGAGUACAAACAGGAGAGUUAAAGAUGUUGAGAUUUGUGUUCCAAUUGUAUAUGGAACUAUUGCUUUUUAUCUUGGUCGAAAGGCUAGCGAGUCGCAGUCGCAUAAGUGGACUGUUUAUGUGCGUGGGGCUACAAAUGAAGAUCUUGGAGCGGUGAUAAAGCAUGUUGUGUUUCAACUGCAUCCCAGUUUCAAUAAUCCUACAAGAAUUGUUGAAUCGCCACCUUUUGAGUUAUCAGAAUGUGGUUGGGGUGAAUUUGAAAUUGGAAUUAGCCUUUUCUUCCACAGUGACGUUUGCGACAAGCAGUUGGAUUUGUAUCACCAUUUGAAGUUGUAUCCUGAAGAUGAAUCUGGCCCUCAGUCAACCAAGAAACCCGUUGUUGUGGAAUCAUACAAUGAGAUUGUUUUUCCAGAUCCUUCUGAGUGUUUCUUUGCUCGUGUGCAAAAUCAUCCAGCUGUUCUUGUGCCACGGCUGCCUGCUGGGUUUAGCUUGCCUGCUCCAGUACCACUUGAAAAUAUGAAUGAGAAUGGAAGGGGUGAUACCAAGGAUCAUCCACUCAGUCAGUGGUUUAUGAAUUUCUCAGAGGCAGAUGAACUCUUGAAACUUGCUGCAGCUCGUCAGCAGGUGCAAGCCCAUAUUGUUAAGCUGAGAAGACAGUUAAGUGCGAUUGAUGGGAUGCCUCAACCUUUGAAACCAGCCUCCAGUUAUGAAUGUACAUGAUCAUGAUAGGUUACUAUUGGAGUUCACUUUUCGAGUUUACAUUGGGGAUGACAAAGUGAACUGUGAAGAAGAUGUAAAGAUGUGGAUAUCAACUGUAUCAACCUUCUUUCUAGAUUUAGUUGUAACUUAUUUCCUUAAGAGCAUUGAUUGUAGCUAAGACCUAAGUAGUAUGUUAACAACCGUCGAUGAUAUUAUCUUGCCCUUUGUCAACCUAAGACAUGAAAGAGAACAUAUAUAUGCAAGCUUCUAUUUUAGUGUAGAAACUUUCCAUGAUGUGGUAGUAGCUGAAAAGAAAAAAUAAAGCUCACCUGAUAAUAUUAGCUUUGACUAUCAAUGGUCAUUGCGGUUAACAUUUGUUGUGGGCUGUGGCAUAUGUUCUCCUAAUGUAUUUUUGUGCGUGAUUACAUCUUCUGCUAUUGGUCCUAGGAAUCCUAUUGCUAUUGUUGUAUGUACUAUGGUAUGAUGAUUCAUUUAGCCUGUGUAAAUUUUGCUCUUGAAUAAGGAAAUUGGAAGUUUUUACUACCUUCAGACAUCUUCAAUUCUUGUUCAUAUAUAUAAAGUGAGUGACGAUGGAAGUUAGCUUUAGCUAAAUAGGAACCAAAAGCUUUCUUGAAGAGAAAGGGUUCGAGAGUAUGGAAGAUAAGGUUUGAACAUUGGUGUUAAGUUACAUUAACAACAUAUUAAACAUUUUCACUCUUGUAAAGAUAGACUUGAUUUUGGAUGAAUGAGGAUGUAGGAAUUGAAAGGUCUUUGGAAUGUGGAUAAGUUGUCUGAAGUAGGAUAGAUCAGGUGGAACAGAUUAUCCAGGUGUUGCACCAACGAGACUCCAUGUUGUUUGGACUUUGGUGUGUGCAUUUUCCUCAAAAAUACAGUGUAUUGCCAUUGAGUUUGCUUGGAAUUGCUCAAGUAUAUAAUCCUGUGACCGCAGCCUGUCAAGCCGUGGGGCCCAUUUCACAAAUCUUUUUGUGUUCGAUGACUUCUAAAUGGAGCUUUAUGGGCCACCCUUUUUCUUGUCCAUCUAAAUGGAGUUCGAUUGUGGCUGUGGCAAUAGAAAGCGAAGCUGGAACAAAUGAUG